CAACCGUCGGGGGGGUAGGAAGCACAAGGGCCGCCGCCGCCCCUCCCCGCCGUGCCGUUCCGUGCCGUGCCGCCGCCCCGCCCGUCGCGGUUGUGACGGCAGCUCCGCGCGCCGGGUUGCGGGAGUUGGCGCGAAGGCGGGGGGGCGGGAGGCAUGGAGCCAGAGACGUCCCGCUAGCGAGAUAAACCGCCGCUGGCAGCAUGGAUAUCCGGAAAUUCUUUGGUGUUGUACCUUCUGGAAAGCGACAGGAAUGUGAGACUGUGAAAAAGAGUGAAAAAAUUAAAAAUGGUGAAGGACCUUCAAGUGGGAAGAAAAAGGGAAAGGAGACUAAGGUGAAUAAUUCACCCAGUGAAGAUGAUUCCAAACAAAAGCGGACGAACAAGAAAAAAAGAAUAAUCUAUGAUUCAGAUUCAGAAGAGGAGGUGCAGUCAGUGAAAAAAUCCAAGAAGCCAUCUGAGAAAAAAGCAGCUACUUCAAAACUUGGUAAAGUUCUAAAGCAGGAUCCUGUUGUUUAUAUUUCAGAGACAGAUGAAGAAGACGACUUUGUCAAUAAAAGAAUUUCCCUGAAACCGAAGGAGAAUGGGACAUCAGUGAUUGGUUGUCCAGGAACAACUGCAGUGAAAAAGGAAGAUGUAAAACCACGACCUAAAAGCAAGCCAUUAUCUCCAGUGAAACAGACUCCCACAUCAGCACUUGAUUACUUUGGGACAAGUAGUGUCCAACGAUCAGAAAAGAAGCUGGUAGCAAGUAAAAGGAAAGAACCUUCACAAAGCAGAGACAGCACACUAGAUGAUGAGGCCAUUGCUAGGCAACUGCAGCUUGAAGAAGAUACGGAGCUGGAGAGACAGCUGCAUGAAGAUGAAGAAUUUGCUAAAACUUUGGCCAUGUUGGAUGAAACACCACAGAAGAAAAAGGCUCGGAGAGAUUCAGGAGGAGAGCAAACAGUAUUGAGCAUCAAGAGCAGUCCUAACGUGACAGAAAGGUGUAAGCAGUCGGAAAGAGCAACGAACUCAACAGGUGAAACAAAGAAUUACACUGCGAAGCAGCAAACUAAAUCUGAACAUUCAAAAGGGUCUCGUUUAUCCUCGCAACCAUCUGAUGGUAAAAUCGCAAGAGAGUUGAUGGAUAACACCUUGCCUUUGAAACCUAGCUCUAAGCUUGUGUCUCUGAAGCAAAAAGAAGAGAUUGCUGAAAAGGAAAGAGGUGCUCAAAGCUUAGUAUCAAAAGAAAAAACUGCUUCAAGGAAAGAGGAGAAGACAACACCAAAGAAGGAGAAAAUUUCUCCCAAGAAGACUGAGUCCAUAAGUCCUGAGGACUCCGAGAAGAAGCGAAUCAAUUAUCAAGCCUACCGAAGCUUCCUUAAUCGCGAGGGUCCAAAAGCGCUGGGUUCCAAAGAGAUACCUCAAGGGGCUGAAAACUGCUUGGAAGGCCUGACAUUCGUAAUUACAGGCGUUUUGGAGUGUAUUGAAAGAGAUGAGGCCAAGUCUCUGAUUGAACGUUACGGAGGAAAAGUAACUGGCAAUGUCAGCAAGAAGACAAACUAUCUGGUUAUGGGGCGAGACUGUGGCCAAUCAAAACGUGAAAAGGCAUCAACUUUAGGGACUAAAAUUAUUGAUGAGGAUGGCCUGUUUGAUCUUAUUCGAACUAUGCCAGGCAAAAAGUCCAAGUAUGAGCUGGCAGCUGAAACAGAGGCGAAGAAAGUGGAGUCAAGACCUAAAAGGACACCACAGAAAGCUGAAGCUGGAAAAAGGAAUUUUAGCCCCUUCAAAAGGGACGCUGAUAAUAAAAAACAGAAGUCUACUCCUGAAAAAGGACAUAUCAUCACAUCUGUUAAGAAAGAAACCACUGCUGCUCGAAAGCUUCUGGAUUUUAAACGGCAAACUGUAGAAAAGAAAGAAGCCCCAAAAUCUAACGGGAUCUCUGUUUCUGAGAUUAACGACGGCGAAACAGAGAGAUUGCUAUGGGUAGAUAAAUACAAACCUGCAUCUCUUAAGGCAAUAAUUGGACAGCAAGGUGAACAAAGCUGUGCCAAUAAACUGCUCCGAUGGCUCCGAAAUUGGCACAAGAACGCUUCAGAAGAUGGACAAGCAAAGACCAAUAAAACUGGAGGCAAAGAUGAUGGUACUGGUUUUAAAGCAGCAUUACUUUCUGGUCCACCUGGAGUUGGUAAAACUACUACAGCUUCUUUGGUUUGUAAGGAACUGGGGUAUAGCUAUGUGGAGCUGAAUGCCAGUGACACUCGCAGUAAGAACAGUCUAAAGGAAGUAGUUGCUGAAUCGCUCAAUAACACCAGCAUCAAAGACUUCUGUUCCGGCACAUCCUCAUCAGUUAGCGGGAAACAUGUAUUGAUCAUGGAUGAAGUGGAUGGUAUGGCAGGCAAUGAAGACAGAGGAGGGAUUCAGGAAUUGAUUGGUUUGAUUAGACACACAAAGAUACCCAUCAUCUGUAUGUGUAAUGAUCGCAACCAUCCUAAAAUUCGUUCCUUGGUCCACUACUGUUUUGAUCUUCGUUUUCAGAGACCUCGUCUAGAACAGAUUAAGGGUGCCAUGAUGUCUAUUGCAUUUAAAGAAGGUUUAAAAAUCCCACCACCUGCUAUGCAAGAGAUAAUCCUGGCAGCAAAUCAGGACAUCAGACAGGUUUUACAUAAUCUUAAUAUGUGGUGUGCAAAAGAUAAAUCGUUGACUUAUGAUGAGGCUAAAACAGAUGCCAGCAGAGCCAAAAAGGAUAUCAAACUGGGCCCUUUUGAUGUUGUCCGGAAGGUUUUUGCUACUGGAGAGGAGGCUUCUCGUAUGUCUCUUAUAGACAAAUCAGAUCUUUUCUUCCAUGAUUAUUCCCUAGCACCUCUCUUUGUCCAAGAGAACUACGUACAUGUGAAACCAGCUGCUGCUGGAGGAAAUCUGAAAAAGCACUUAGUGCUCUUGAGUAGAGCAGCUGAUAGUAUAUGUGAUGGUGAUAUAGUGGACAAACAGAUUCGUAGCAAGCAAAACUGGAAUCUUCUUCCAACACAGGCCAUUUAUGCAAGUGUUCUCCCAGGGGAGCUGAUGAGAGGUUACAUGUCCCAGUUUCCUGUCUUUCCCAGCUGGCUGGGGAAAUUUUCAUCCACAGGCAAACACGAUCGUAUCAUUCAAGAACUGGCAAUGCACAUGAGCCUCAGAACCCAGAUGUGCAAGAGGACAGUAAAUAUGGAGUAUCUGUCAUAUUUGCGGGAUGCGCUUGUCCAGCCCUUGAAAGACUUCGGAGCAGAUGGUGUACAAGAAGCUAUAACGUUCAUGGACUCUUACUGCUUGAUGAAAGAAGAUAUUGAAAAUAUCAUGGAAAUAAGCACGUGGGGAGGCAAACCCAGUCCUUUUUCAAAGCUGGAUCCCAAGGUCAAAGCAGCUUUUACACGUGCCUACAACAAAGAGGCACAUCUGACUCCAUAUUCACUUAAUUUUGUCAAGACAUCUAAAAGGCAGUCGGGAUCUGCGGUGACCUUAGAACUGAAUGAAGACUUGAAUGUGGAAGAGAUCCAAUCCGAUGAGGAUGAGCGAGAUACUGUUGAAAAUGAUGCAAUGAUUAAGCAAAAAAAGGCGAAGUCUUCCAAGCUGCCAAAAAGAGAGAAAAGUGAAGAAACAACAAAAAAAGAAGGGAAGAGAAAAGAGAAAACAAGACAUCAAACAGAAUAAAACCUUGCUGUGGAUGCAGCUUUGCUUAUCUAACUUCUGGCAGGAACAGGAAAUGGAUCCAGUGCUGGAGCUGGGGAAGUAGAACCAGUGAGUUGAAAAUGCUCCUCUUAUAGAGGUGAUGUAGCUACUGUACUUUCACACUAUGCCGUGCUGUACUUACUCUUAACGUGCUACAACGUUACAAGCUAUAAAUACCCUUGUGCAACAAACACUGGGGUGCAUGAAUAUGAUGAAAACGCAAUGCUUAGUUACCUGGCAUUUAUGCUAAGUCUUCCUAGGACCUCACUUUUUUUCCUAAUAAAUCCCCUGAUAUUAUGUGGUCAACUCUUGUAAAUAGUACAUGAUGCAAAAAGCCCCCAAACCUAAAUUGCGUAUUUGUACAUUGUAGAAAUUAAGCAGUGUAUAAAAUUCCAAUAAAAUGUUUCACAGGAGUCUUUUAAAGUUUUGGUUAAGUUCACGGAGUGUUCUGUCUCUCUCCCCCUCUCUUUCCUUCUAAGGUUUUGGCUUUCCUGCAUGUGCAGGAUGUGGUGGUACUGUUUUCCUACAACUUCUCUUUUGUUCAGUUAGAGACACAGGAAAGCAGUGAGGGAUUUAGUUCCAAAACCUGAGGAGCCCGUGCUUGUAUGAGCUGUAUCUUUAAUCAAAACCAGAAAGGAAUACUUAAAAAGAAAAGUUUAAUAGAAAAUAGUCAUAAAAGUUCAGAACUGAUGCUAAAAAAAGAGAACACUGAGGGGGGUGUUUUGCCACUCCCCUUGGUUUGUCUUUGGUGCAGAUAAAAUGCAAAUUUUGUUUGGUAAGAAGAGUUAUCCGUUUUAUUACUAUAAUAAAUCAAAGUACAAAAUUUAUCAAAAGCUAAAUAUUUACAGGCUAUCACAAAAUAGAAGUGACAUGGUGGUGGUUGUUAUGAAAUCAGUGGGAAAAGAUGUAUAAUGUAGUGAUGGAGCUUUCCUUGCUGCUUGCCAGACAACACCUGCAGUUCUGAAAAUAAACAGAGGUGGUUAGUCGUAGCCCAGGAUAUAAAGACUGUGAUAGCAAACUACGUGGUUUUCUCACAGUGGAAAAAAAUAAUUAACAAAAAUAAUAAUGUCACUUGUAUGUUACUUUGACCUAUAGCUAAGUUUUCACAUAAGGUUUUUCUGCACUAGUAAAUGUGCCUUCAAAUGUCAAAAGCAAGGAAGAACUUUAACUUGUUGUCAGUUACCAUUCCUUUAACAAAACCGAAGUCUUGGAUCCAAGUGUGUGGUAUAAACAGAGCAGUGGUCUUGGAAAUACCAGUAUCCAAAGCCAAUACUAUGUUGUUGUUACCCUGUGAUAGAUUCUUAUAUUCUGUUAAACAUUAGAAGCUAAGACCAUGUAACCUGCAUUUUAGAUCUGCUCCUUCCAGUGAGCAUUUCUCCCUCUUCCUACACUUAAACACUUGUUGGUAGAUCUGUAGAAAGAUUUGAUGAUGUGGAUUUGACAUCUGCAAACUGUUCUCUGUGCUACCAAAGCACAAUUGGUGCUCAGGAACAUGUUCCCAACCAGAAUGUGUUGCAGAUAACGUCAUCAUAGAGGUGAACUGGUUUAAAGCCUCAUUUAGCAACCAGGUUAGUUGCAGUAGCAAAACCGACCAGUGUUUACAUGCCUGAGGGCAAAGAGGGCAUAGAGCUGGGCCUUGGUAUUCUGAGGCAUAGGCCCAGGCUGUAGGUUAGAUUCUUGAACGCUGCGUUGCCCUUGCAGGGAAAAACUCCCGCUGUCCUCUAGUAAAAAGUUCAGGCUCCAGCACAUACCUCAAUUUAUUGGUCUCCAUCUUCUGGUUUGAGGUACUGUGUGCAAUCAUUUAUUUUCUUAAGAUGAGCAAUGUUAAUCCGUUCAGAACACAUUGGACAGAUGUUUUCAGUCUGUAACAUGCUGUUUUAAAGGAAGGGUGAUUGGUCAAAGGAUAAUUCUAACAUUUUUCAAAGGAACAGCUGGGUCUGAGCAGAAAGCAUUGAGCAAAGUUCUGACCUGUGCUACAUAACAACACAGGUCAGAGCAACAGCUGCUUCUGUCUAGGCAGAGCAAAGGUUGGUUUGGGACCUAACAUCACAACAGGAAGGCUGCAGGAAAAUUGGGCAAUUAACACACAUGCAAAGGAGCUUGGGCUAGAACAUGAAGCCUGUACAGCUUCAGCCAUCUGAACAGAGCUACCCCUUCCCAUUAUUGCACAGAGGAUUACUGGGGAGAAGAUAUUAUUGCUGCCUCAAUGUGUACCCAACACUGGGGGUAUUUUCUUUGUUUUUGUGACUGCUGCUGUGCCUGUGUUUCCUGUAGUCCAUAUCAGGUCUUCUCCCUGGAAGGAGCUGAGAACUUCCACAACCCCCCAUCCAUCUUCACGAUGGUUCCUGUGGUUGGAGCCCUGCAUCUCUGAGUUCUUUCUUUAGCCUAGUUUUUGGUCCACUUUGAAGCUAUGUUCUGUAUGUUAGAUGAAACUUCCAAGUAAGGCAGAUUCCUCUUUCACCCUCUGCCCCACCCUGGGCUGUUACAUGUUUUUAGUACCAAAUGAAACACUUUGCUGCUAAAAUAUGAACAAACAUUAGAAUCCUGCAACAGAACAGAAAACAAAUUCCAACUUACUUCUUGAAUUCUGAAUAGAGGGCAGGGAAGUCACAGUGUGGGCAGACUGUCCAGUCAUCCCGAACCAUAUGCCGACCCUGCAGGCAAAAGUCACAGGUAAUUAAAGGGCAUGUGCUUUCCUAGCACACUGGGUAUUUGGUUUUGUACCUGUUCUUGUGGAAAAGUCUCAGCAACUGAGUUGUAAAGAUUUUGAGUUAGAAAAAGCAAAACCAUAAUAGUGUUACUGUAGUAACUACAAAAGGAGCUCUCAGUGAGAGGCAGUGUUUUUGUUACAAUUCCCAUUCCUCUUUUAAAGAAGGAAAUGUAAGACUGUAUCGACUUACAAUUUUGAAAAUGCUUUUAGUUUGUCAAUUCUAGAAUGUUACCUGUGGAUAAAUCUGCUGGGACUUUUGCUGUUGCUUAUGACAUUCAAAAAAUGUCCCCAAAGCCACAUCACCUGAGCCCAGGAGGUCACAUUCAAUGCUGUCAAGUGACUGCCUUGCACUUGCCUCUUCAAACAGAAAUUAGUUCCUCUCUCUAGGUAUGGUUCACUAAUUUGCUUUUGAUACAAAUAAUUCAUAUGUACCUUUUCACUACCAUGAAACACAACAGCACCUUGAACUACAUGGAGAGAUUUAUGUUUUAAUAUGAUGUGCAAGAGUAGGCUUUUGACACUGACUCUUGUAAGAUACUUAAAAAUGUUGCAUUCCUGCUGAUGUUACAAAUACCUGUGAUGUAAAUGAACUAUAACCAAGAUGGAGCCUAAAUAAAUAAUGUGAAAUAUACAUGAAUAUGUACAUUACAUUUGGCCCAUAAGCUAUAUUUAAAAGCCUUGGGUUUUUUUGUUUAGAAAUGUUACCUUAAAUAUACUGGUCAUCUUAUUCUGCUAAACCAAUAGAGUAAAAAAAAUAGAUAACUGCUAUGAAUAUUUUUUUGUGUGACUAUGACUUAAUUAAAACUAAAGAAUUAAGAAUGCUAA